GGUACAUCUAGGAAGUUGAAGAGCGAGAAGGUGACAGUAAAUGAGGGGGAGGGAGAGCUGUCCGUAAGGGGUCCGGGGGGGGUGAAAGCACCCCUGGCAGCGCGCAGGAGAGGAUUGCAACAGCUGGAACUACCUGGUGCCAAGAGAAAAGCCAGAGGAGAGCGGCGGGACAAGCAGAGGGCACCCAAGUUGAGCCGAGUUGGCCAAGUGGUUGGGGAAGUGGCGUGUUUUUCUCCCCCUCCCCUCCAGUGGCUGCGCAGCCGACUCUGACCUUCACGGGAGGAAAGUCAUACCAAAGGGACAUCUGAACAAACGCUUCCUCCCAUCCCAUAUGUGCCUUCCCAAUCCUUGAGGUCUUUGGAAGAGGCCCUAUUGUGGGUGCCCCGUCCAUCUAACAGUUGGGAUUUUAAGUGUCCCGUGGGAAACGCUGAUAGAUCCAAAAUACCUGCCAUGGCGUCGCGAAUUGGCUUGCGGAUGCAGCUCAUGCGAGAGCAAGUCCAGCAAGAGGAGCAGCGGGAGCGCAUGCAGCAGCAGGCAAUGAUGCAUUACAUGCAGCAACAGCAGCAGAUGCCAAUGGCUCCAACCCCUGCCAUCAACACACCAGUUCAUUUCCAGUCACCACCCUCUGUGCCGGGAGAAGUCUUAAAGGUUCAGUCCUUCCUGGAGAACCCUACCACAUACCACCUGCAACGGUCACGAGACAAGAAGGUCCAAGAAUUCUUGUCUGAAACCUAUGGGAACAAGUUUGCUCCACUGCUCAGCGCUCCGUCUCCUAAGCCGCCUCCUUCUGUCUCGCCUGGCGUGAGGCCGAGCCAUGUCAUGCCCUCCUCUGCCGGCAAUAGUACCCCCAACAGCCCAAUGGCAAUGCUCAACAUUGGCUCCAACCCAGAAAGGGAGAUAGAUGACGUCAUUGAAGACAUAAUGCAGCUGACAACUACUGUGGGGUGCAUUAAUCCAGAAAUUCAUAUGCCAAAUACUCUGCCAUUGUCCAGCAGCCACAUGAAUGUGUAUAGCAGCGAUCUUCAGAUGACACCCUCUGUAGUGGGCAUGACCAGCAGCUCCUGCCCGGCCGAUCUGACGCAGAAGAGAGAGCUCACGGAUGCAGAAAACCGUGCAUUGGCUAAGGAACGCCAGAAGAAGGACAAUCACAAUCUGAUUGAAAGAAGACGAAGGUUCAACAUCAAUGAUCGCAUUAAGGAACUAGGCAUGCUGAUCCCCAAAGCUGGAGACCUGGAUGUGCGCUGGAACAAAGGGACAAUCCUGAAAGCCUCUGUUGAUUACAUCAGGAGGAUGCAGAAAGACUUGCAAAGGUCACGAGAUCUUGAGAAUCAUUCUCGGCACCUGGAAAUGGCAAACAAGCAGCUCUGGCUCCGCAUACAGGAGCUGGAGAUGCAGGCCCGAGUCCAUGGCCUUCCAACUGCUUCACCUUCUGGCUUGAACAUGGCUGAACUCGCUCAGCAAGUUGUGAAGCAAGAAACCCCUGGAGAAGAGGACACAACAGAGAUCCAGCCGCCACCACAGCCACCACUCCACCCUGAGCAGGAGGCUCAGCAGCACCAGCCUCACUUUGCUCCUCCUCAGUCCCCUUACCACCAGCUGGACUUCACUCACGGCCUGAGCUUUGACGACAACUCGAGAGGCUUCCACGACCCUCUGGAUCCCAGCCAAAACGUCUCCUUCCCUUCCCUGUCCAAGAAGGAGCUGGACUUGAUGCUGAUGGAGGAUACCAUGCUGCCCAUGGCGUCUGACCCCUUGUUCUCUGCCGUGUCCCCGGAGGCUUCAAAGGCUAGCAGUCGCAGAAGCAGCUUCAGCAUGGAGGACACAGAUAUGCUGUGAUGAGAAGCUUCUAAGGCAGUAAAGACUUGGAGUCAAAAUAUUGUUUGUUUUCUAAAGAUUCGUCCCUCUGCCUUAUGCCUGCAGGCUUACACAAAGGGCAUAUGAGACUGAACAGAGAUGCCUCCAGAACUAGGAGAUUGUGUUUGUGUGCGCGCGUGGGGUAGGAAUUGCUCUGCACAAAGCUCACCCCAGCUCUUGGAAUGUUACCCCCAAGUUUCUCUUCUGCCUUGAUUUGCCAAACACCCCCCACCCCCCACCCCCAAGCAGCCUUUCCUCCUCUGCCGUGACCACGGGAUGAUCAUGGUUUUCUUAUGGCCCCUUUAUGGCCUUUCAGAUCCCUGCAGGUGUAUCUCAGGGCCCUGUGCCUUUGAUACUACGUGUGCUGCAGAUCCAGUUUGAGCAUUUAUGCAACAAUGUGAUUUUAGUGUUGACGGCUGGGUGGCAGCUUGUCCUGUUUGAGAAGCAGCUUUAACCAAGGCUUGGUGCUAAUCUCUCUUUCUUCUUGAGGAUUAGCACAUCCCUUAAGCCUCACUGUGCCCCCCGUUCCUUUUUAGUCACUGCCUUAUGAGAAACUGUUUUUUCUUAAAGGUGGGAUAUAAGUUCGCUAAAUAAAUAAAACUCUUGUCGUCAUGCUGACUCCCAUAUUGGGGCUCCUUUCCUUAUACAGUGGUACC